AUGGCAGGCUCAAUUAACAAGCCCAAGAAACCAAAGUCCAAGCGGACAACAACCCGCCUUCGCAACAAGAUCCAAAAGGCCUCGGCCGCCAAGCAGAGAAAGGAUCGCAAGUUCGCCAAGAAGAACCCGGAAUGGCGAUCCAAGCUGAAGAAGGACCCCGGCAUCCCCAACCUGUUCCCCUACAAGGAGAGGAUUCUCGAGGAGAUUGAGCAGAAGCGCGCGAAGAAGGCCGAGGAGGCUCAGAGGAGAAAAGAGAUGGCCAAGGCUGCCAAGACGGGCGGCGCCGAGGGCAAGGACGAGGAUGCCAUGGACGACGUCGGCGGGGCUGGUGACGACCAGAUGGAUGAGGACGGCGACUUGGACGAGGAUUUCGACGAGUCUAACCCCAUGGCCGCGCUGAUUGCCAGCGCUCGUGCUGCUGCGGAAAAGUACGACAAGUCUCUUGCCGCCAGCGACGACGACAUGGACGACGACGAUGACGAGGAGAGCGACAGCGACGCUUCUGACGAUGGCGCACACGUUUCCAUUGGCCAGGCUUCGUCAAGGAAGACGUUUGACAAGGUCUUCAAGCAGGUCGUCGAGGAAGCCGACGUCGUGCUGUACGUGCUCGACGCCCGCGACCCAGAGGGCACCCGCUCGCGGGAGGUCGAGCGCAGCGUCAUGGCCGCCGCCUCGGGGGGCAAGCGCCUCAUCCUCAUCCUCAACAAGGUCGACCUGAUCCCGCCCAAGGUCCUGCGCGACUGGCUCGUCCACCUGCGCCGGUACUUCCCCACGCUGCCGGUGCGGGCGUCGCACGCCGCCGCGAACGCGCAUGUGUUUAGCCACCGCGACUUGACCGUCCAGAGCACCUCGGCCGCCCUGUUCAAGGCCCUCAAGAGCUACGCCGCCAGCCGCGACCUGAAGCGUGCCGUCUCCGUCGGCGUCAUCGGCUACCCCAACGUCGGCAAGAGCUCCAUCAUCAACGCCCUCCUCAGCAGGUUGAGCGGCAAGGGCAGCAACAACGCAAAGGCCUGCCCUGCCGGCGCCGAGGCCGGCGUCACCACGAGCAUCCGCAAGGUCAAGAUCGACAGCAAGCUCACGCUGCUCGACUCCCCCGGCGUCGUCUUCCCCUCGUCCUCGUCCAUCCAGUCCGGAGGCCUCGUCGCCAUCAAGAACGCCACCGAGGCCCACGCCCACCUCGUCCUCCUCAACGCCGUGCCCCCCAAGCAGAUUGACGACCCCGUCCCCGCCGUCAGCCUCCUUCUCCGUCGUCUCUCCACUACCCCCGACCUGCUGCAGAAGCUCACCGCCGUCUACGACAUCCCCGCGCUGCUGCCCACCAGCACCGACGGCGACAUCACCACGGACUUCCUCGUCCAGGUCGCCCGCAAGCGUGGAAGGAUCGGCCGCGGAGGCAUCCCCAACAUCAACGCUGCUGCCAUGACCGUCGUCACCGACUGGCGUGACGGCCGUAUCCAGGGCUGGGUCGAGGCCCCCGUCCUGGCCGUCGAGUCCGCCAACGGCGCUGCCACCAAGCCUACCAUCAAGAACGCCGGCGAGGAGGAUGUCAUGGCCGACCAGAAGGAGAUUGUCACCGAGUGGGCCGCCGAGUUCAAGCUCGAUGGCCUGUGGGGUGACAAUGGCAACGGGGCUGCAAAUGAAGAUGAUGCCAUGGAGCAGUAA